UUCUUGAACACACCUUAAGUACCUUCCAACAAUUGCAACACUUGAUAGUGAACCCCUUGUUGGAGAACAUAAAAAGAAGAAAACAAAUUAAAGCAAAAAAAUUCAAGGUUUUAACAAGAAGAACAAAGAAAUGGAGGUGAGUGGAACUAUUAGGCCAAAUAGAAGUGAUGUGCAUGUAUCAAAGGAGGAAGAAGCAAAGAUGGAGGAAGAAACAAGAGAAUACUUUGAUGGCAUAGCACCAAAGAGACACACUAAACCUCAACGUAGUGAAUAUUCUUCUACUUAUGCUGAUGACAUUAUUACUUCUUCUGAUGAUGGUACAAUUCCUGAACAUCUUGAAUUCCAACGUCUCGAGAAUAAUGAUCCUCAGAAAUUGGUUUACAAAGGAAGCAGCCAAAUGACACAGGAAUUUGUGGAAACAGAGUAUUACAAAGAUCUUAAUGGCAUUGACAAACAGCACCACACGACAGGAACAGGAUUUAUCAAAGUGGAGAAUGAAAAUGGGAACACUUACAGUAUAGGAACUGAUUCUGCUACUGAUUCAUCCCAUGUUUAUAAGGGGAAUCCAGCUACUAAUGACUGGAUUCCUUCUGCUGUUGAUGAGGCUAAUUUUAUCUCAGAGAAACCAAACAGAAGUGAAAGCUGAAAUUGAGUCCUGAUAAAUGCAGCACCUGGACAUUGCAGAGCCCUAUUUAUUUUGUAUUUCUGUGAAGCUUUGCUUCUAAGUGUCUCUCUUAGUGUUUGGUUGUAUUUGAAGAACAUGCAAUAUAAUUCUGUCAAACACU